AUGGACUAUGGCAAGAACGUCAGUGCUGCUACGCUCCAGACUGUUGUCAGGAAUUUACGGUAUGCCGGGUACGUAGAAAUGUCGAGCAUGGCCGUCCUGGUUUACGAUUACAUUAUCACCUUUCACGACGAAUCAUCCCUCAUGUGGCCCUCACCGUGGUCAUUUCCGAAAUUCAUGUUCUUCCUGACGCGAUAUCUGCCGUUUGUCGACACGUCCAUCGUCAUCUGGCAGGUUUCCACACCUGAUAUGGCUGAAGCAGACUGCCAGUUCGCAUAUCGGUCUACGUUUUGGAUGCUAGCCGUAGGAAUAUGCGGAGCAGAAGCUAUACUUGCCACUCGGACGUGGGCCGUUUAUGACUUUUCAUGGAGAAUUGCACUGGUACUUUGUGUCUCGGCGUUCCUCAUCUUAAUUCCGUUGGUGGUCGUUGCAGCGAUCAGCGUGCAUAGCUUCCAAUUCGCCACUUUACCAUUUCAUCUUCACGGAUGCUUGAUUAUUAAGGGAAGGUCGUACAUUAGUUAUGCCUGGGGAUUGCUUGCGGCGUUUGAAUCGAUCGUUCUUACCCUGAUGGUGGCCGAAGCCAUCAGAGUCUACAAAAAGCACGGCCCUUCUUAUGUAUUCAAUCGAAUCUAUGCGGACGGAUCUCUAUUCUACGUCUAUCUUUUUGGUAUGUUCUCGCGUGGAUCGGCGUGA